CCAUGCAAUAAUAAUAGGUGGUGUUGAAUUUUGAUUAUCUGAGACCAACCCAAAAUUUAGUUGAUGCUAUUGUUCACGAUGGUAUUUGAAAUUGUAUAACUAUAAAAGCGUAAUAUAUUAAAAGAAAAGAGCGAUCUAAGAGUCAAAGAAGAAUUUGGGAGAAUGUGCCAUAUGAUGCUUAUGAAAAGGAAAAGAUGGCUGAUUUUAUGAAAAUUGUGACUAAAAAUAAGAUUGUCUUACCAUAAAAGUAAAUAUUCUAUAUUAAUCUAUUAGUUGGACUGAUAGUGAUACUUUGAAGAUGGUGUAUUGUGGUAAAUUUAAGGACAAGAAUUACUUAAAAGUAUUACAAUCCCAUUUGGCUUGGAGAGCUAUCCCAAAUAAUUUCUAACCUACUGAUAUGAACAUUGCAUUUUUAUAAAAAGGAAUAGUUUACACUUACGGUAGAGACAAACAACAAAGACCUAUUAUAAUUAUGAAUCUUGAAUUAGUGAAUUUAAAGCAAGUAUCAAAUUGAAUUAAUCAAAAGUUCAAUGAAGAAGUAUAUAUAAAUGCAUUGAGCUAUUACUUUGGUAUAAUCAAAAAGAAUUGUUUUGUUCCUGGAAAAAUAGAGAAUUGGGUUUUCAUAAUGGAUACUAAGAAACUUGGACUUUCUAAAUUCCCUUUCAAAGUAUAACAUAUAUAUCCACAUCUUAGGCUAUUCAAAUAGCAACUAAAACUAUGCAGGUCAAUUUCUGUGGUUGUUUAGAUAAACUUUAUUUAUUAAAUCCAUCUAGUUCAUUAAGUUUUUCAUGGAAGAUGGUUUCUGGUAUAUCAUUUGAAUUUAUAGAAUAGCUGUGGCUGAUGCUGAUACUAUGGAAAAAGUUUAAAUGCUUAAACCUAAUGAAUAUGUUAAAAUUACAGAGAGAAUUGCUGCUAAUCAAUUAGAAGAAUAAUUUGGAGGUACAUCUCCAAACCUAACAAAAUUUUGGUUAGAUUUCAAAUGCAUAUCGUUAGGCCACCUAUUAAUAUUGAGAUUCCAGGAGGAUAUACAGAAGAAAUUUUGAAGGCAGUCGAAUCUAUGAAAACUACAGAAAUUGUAAUUUAGAAAGAAGUACCUGCAUCAGAGGAAGAUGAAAUGAAGCUGUAAGAAUAAAUUUCUAAGAUGCAAAUUAAAAAAGAUGACGACGAUGAUGAUUGAU